AUGGAAAGCCUUAUGAAGAUGCAAUAUAUUGACUAUAUUUUGUACAUGUAUAUAAGUUAUAUAAUUGAUAAUAACAAAGACAGCAAGCAAACCCUGCAAUAUACCCAAAAUUCCAGCUAUUUUUCAUAUUUAAUAUACAAUCUAAAGAGCAAAAUAGAAUCAAAAGAGUACGAAAAAGAUGAUGAAAUAUUAACAAAGUACAUAAUAUUUCUGAUCCAUAACAAAGUGCUAUCGCAAUAUGAAUCUCCUUUAAUAAAUAGAAAGUUCUAUGCAGUAUUUGAGCAUCUGCAGAGAACCAAAGGCCAGAAUAUGCAGCAGAUAAAAAGGAUUAUUCUGUGGAUGUAUAAUCUGCUCUUGAAGAAAUCCCAAAAUAUGAUGGAUCAUUAUGAGAAGAUGAAAGAUGAAGAGAUAAGCUCACAGAUUGAGUUAAUGAUGCAGACCGCAGCAAGCGAGGAUGUUGUAAUAAGUGUAGAAGAAAGAAAGAAGUACUUUAUAGAAUUUAAAGAAAGAAUUCUUAAAGAAACACAAAGUAUAUUUGAACAUCUGAGUUUGCCUCUUCUUACAACAGUAAGUAUGAAAGAAGAAUGCGUCUCUGAAGUGGUUCACGAAAUAUUAGAGCAGAAGAAUCUUCUUCUGGAGACUGGAAGUGCAUUGCUUGAGGAUGAAGUUGAAAAUAUUAAAACCCAUUCUAUUUUAUGCUCAGAAAAAGACGGAGAAAAAAUGAAGACGCCAAAGAAAAAGGAAGAAGACAAGCAAGAGGAAAAAUCCUUCACAGACAAGAAGAAAAAGUACACAAGCUUUAUCAACGAGUACAAGCACAUAAAUCUUAAGUCACUAAUUAACACACAAAUUCCAGGAGUCGAAGUUGAGUGGAAUGAGAGCGACUUGGAGGAUCCAAUAGAAUUGGAGAAAUCAAAUCACCCAGACAGCAUUGACGAAGAAAAAGAACUUUCUAAAGCAAGCAGCAGCAUGAAGACGAAUGCCAGGAGACCAAAAAAACUUUGGACAGCGAAAGAAACAGAAAAACUUAUUAAAAUAAUACAAAUCUGCGGAACAGACUGGGACAGAGUGCAAAGAAAGUGCGACUUCAAGAAUACAUCAAGAGACCAAAUUAUAGACAAGUACAAAAGCCUGGUCAAAACAAAGAGAAUGGAGCGGAUGCCUCGUAGGAAGUAA